AUGACCUACAAAAUCUAUAACCCUUUAGCCACUAUUGGUACUCCAGCCCCCAACUCCCCAGCUUCUGUGAAAGCAGGCUUGGACCUCAAGAACCGAACCUACUUUGUCACUGGAGGCGCUCGGGGACUUGGCCUUAACUUAAUCUGUGCCAUCCUUGAGGUUGGGGGAAGUGCAAUUGCUUUUGACCUGCUCCCAGAGCCGGUUUCUAAGGAAUGGUCCGCGGCCAAAGCAUUGGCUGAGGAAAACGGGGGCUCGUUGACUUUCAACCAGUUGAACGUCAGCAACGAAGCCGAGGUCGAAGAACUGCUGCCAAAACUCGCUGAGCAGGCCGCCAGCGCCGGCCGCCCGAUCCACGGAUUGGUCAAUUGUGCCGGUGUUAACCAGGCCCUGCCGGCUAUCGACUAUCCUCUCGAUCUGUAUAGAAAGAUCGUGGAUAUCAACUUUAUUGGUUCGUUUGUCAUGGCAAAACACACAGCCAAAGUUCUGGUUGCAGCCAACGUUCCAGGAUCGAUCGUUUUGAUCGGCUCCAUGUCUGGAUCGAUUGCAAACCGUGGUUUGGCCAACACUGCCUAUAACACCUCCAAAGCCGGUGUCUUGCAGCUUGCGCGGUCUCUAUGUCAAGAAUGGGGGCAAUACGGUAUCAGAGUCAAUACCAUCUCCCCAGGGUACAUUAUCACCAACAUGACCCAAUCGUUACUGGACGUGGAGCCUGAGUUGUACGACACUUGGAUGAGAGGAGCCAUGCUUAACAGACUGGCCACCCCUGAUGACUUCAAGAGUGCCGUCGUCUUUCUGCUUGGAGACGGAUCCCGGUUCAUGACCGGUUCCGAUCUGCUGAUCGACGGAGGCCACUGUGCGGGGGCCUAA